AUGUCUCCCCAUGCCACCAAUGGCACUUCAACCUACAGCAUCGCCUGCAUACCCGCCGAUGGAAUCGGUCCAGAGGUCAUCGCCGCCGGCGUAGAAGUCCUGAAAACAUUGAGCGAGGUAUCAGACUUCAAGUUCCAAUUCGAAGACUACGACUGGAGCUCAGAAACAUAUCUCAAACGCGGCCAGUACAUCCCCGACGGCGGACUCGAAAGCUUGAAGAAGCAUGACGCUAUCCUCUUCGGCGCCGUUGGAGCCCCGUCUGUACCAGAUCACAUCUCGCUUUGGGGCCUCCGACUUGCUAUCUGUCAGCCACUGCAGCAGUACGCCAACGUGCGUCCGACGAAGAUCCUUAAAGGAACGCAGUCUCCCCUUCGCAAUGCGCACACCGGUGACCUGGAUUGGGUCAUCAUCCGGGAGAAUUCUGAAGGCGAGUAUGCCGGACAAGGCGGCCGUUCUCACCGAGGCAUGCCCUGGGAGACGAGCACAGAGGUCUCCAUCUUCACUCGACACUGCGUCGAGAGGUUGAUACGCUUCGCGUUCGAGACGGCGCAGAAGCGGCCGAAGAAGCAUCUUACCGUCGUGACGAAGAGUAAUGCCCAACGGAACGGGAUGGUGAUGUGGGAUGAGAUCGCGCAGGAAGUUGGGAAACACUUUCCAGACGUCACGGUGAAGAAGAUGUUGGUUGACGCCAUGACGUGCGAAAUGGUGCUCAAACCAAAUACUUUGGACACCAUAGUCGCUACGAACCUUCACGCCGACAUCCUCUCCGAUCUUGCCGCUGCUCUCGCUGGAUCCAUAGGAAUCGCGCCCACCAGCAACUUAGACCCUACGCGAGAGAACCCAAGCAUGUUUGAACCAAUUCAUGGCAGCGCGUUCGAUAUCGCUGGCAAAGGCGUAGCCAAUCCCGUCGGCACAUUUUGGACUUGCGCUGAAAUGGUCAGAUGGCUGGGACAGGAAGCGGCGGCGGAUCGUCUCAUCAGCUGUAUGGAGACUGUGUGCGGUAAUGGUGUCCUCACCAGAGACCUUGGAGGCAGCGCCAACACCAAGGAGGUCACCGAUGCUGUUUGCGCAGAGAUUAAGAAGCAGUCAAAGUCGUAG